AUCCUUUUGACGUAACGGUAAAAGCCAGCGAGGACGAGGCAAUCCUCGCACGAUUUGUUUCCGAAAGCGUCAACAAUUACGGAAAAUGGGAACAGCAUAAACGUAGCAGCACACCAAGUUUCGUGGCACCACAAUUAACACCGUUCCUCGACCAUGACCGUCGCCUUGACGGACAUCGCCUACGUCGGCCUUCUUCUCGUCUCGGUCGUGGCCGGCAACUUUGUGCACCGCAUUAAGGAGGUGCGUCACCGCCGGGUCUACUGCACUGCCCUGGGAGCCUUCCUGGUGUUGAUCGUGUCCGGUCGGCAUGCCGUGCACCCGUGCGUCGUCAGCGUCGUCAACGCUUUCAUCAUCACCACCUUCUCCAUGAAAUACCGGGCAAAGGCGAGCUUCGUGUUCUGCUUUGGGUACCUCGUAUUCUUCAAGUACCUGAAGCUGUGGAGCACCAAUCCGCCACCGGGCAUCACCAACCUCGUCCAAAUGAUGCUCACGCUUCGGAUGGCAGGAUUGGCCAUGGAACAACAGAUCAUCCACGAGCAGCACCAGGAAAAGGACACCGACAAGCAGGUGUACGAAGAGGGUGACAUGAAGCCUGGCUUUUGGGAUGUCAUCGACUACGCCUUCUGCUACAUUGGUGUGCUCGUGGGGCCGUACUACCGGUACCGGACGUACCGCGACUUCCUGAACGCGCCUUACCUGGACGCGGUCGACCGCAAGGGAAUGUGCCUGAACCGUGUCAAGAUGGUGCCGAUUUACGCUCUGCUCUGGCUGCUGUUCGUCCAGUUCUUCCCGCCUGACUACUUUGGCACUGAGGACUUCUACGAACGUGGGCUGCUGUACAAGUUGCUGUACCUGACACCCAUGUUCAUCAUCUUUCGGCUACGGAUUUACAUCGGCUUUGUGCUCGGCGAGUGCGUCUGCAUCAUGGCCGGUCUUGGCAUCUACCCAACUGAAUCCAAGGCGUUGCCUGGCGUUGGCCCCACCGACAUCGACGCACUGCUGAAUGUGUGGCAGGGUAAGAACAGCGACUGGGAGAAGCAAGAGUUUGACUAUGAGACCGUGCACAACAUCGAUGAGGCGCAGGCCGAACUGAGCAGCACGAUGCGCAUGGGCAUCCGCAGCUGGAACCGCACCGUCCAGUACUGGCUGGCCGUCUACUUCUACAAGCGGCUGCCACUGCCCAAGCCACUCCGGGCCAUGCUGACGAUGACACUCAGCGCCGUCUGGCACGGUCUCGAGCCGGGCUACUUCCUGUGCCUGGUGACCUCGACCGCGUACAUAGUGGGCGAGGAGCAGGUCGAGGCCGUGGUGGAGCGACAGCGCUCUCUGGUGGGGCGUCUCGGGGGCCGCCUGCUGCUCUGGUUCUGCAAGAUGCAGUCCUUCACGUACAUGCUGGCCGCCUUCCUCCUGCUCGAUGCCGGCCGCACGUGGCAGUACUACCGCUCCGUCUACUUCCUGGGCCACGCCUACGUCGCUGUGCUCCUGCUGUGGCGGCUCGUCGCGCCGCUUCACCGGAUGCCAAGCGCCAAGCUCAAGCAGUAGAGACGGACUGGACAACGGUCGUGCCACCCAGAUGAAGAAAAGUUCCAUUUCCAGCUGGAUCACUGAACCUUUCCAGUUCGAAAGAUUUCCGGUUCGAUAAUCGAGCUAUAUAGCGCUGUAAUUCAGCUCGAAGUCGAUGAAUGUCCAGCUGGAAUAUGGCCAAAUUCCAGCCGCGAACUGACAAAGUUCCAUCCGGAUAUUCAUCCGCUUUGAGCUGAAAUAUCCAGCUGGAAAUAGAACUUUUUCUCAUCUGGGCGAAGAGUGGCGAUAGAUGAUCAGUAAUUUAUUUAUAGUAAUUUUUAUCCCGUCUCGCUCGCGAUCGAACUUUUCCAGAGUUUAGUCUUCCUCGUCGUACGCCAUCGUGGUCACUCACUGCAGUCACAUACGUCGGACUUUUUCCUCUUUUCUUUUUUUUUCUGGGUUGGCACACUGUCGUGUUUUAGAGUUGAGGAAUGAAGCAUGUACGUCGCUGAGAAAAACAUAACGCCUUAAUGAGUUACAGAUGUAAAAUUGCGCUCCACAAUAGUUCUAAAGAAGGCACGUGCGAAGAAGACUCAGCUGCACGUAAGAUGAUGCACAUCGUUCUGCGUGCGUGAUUGCGUUUUCUUCCUAUGCGCCUCUUAGAGUAAAUCAACCCAAGAAGCAGCUACCUUAGCUGAUACACAACUGUUCAUUGGACCUUCUUCGAUACUGUUAACUGCAUUUACUGCUGACAUACCGUAUUUUUCUCGCCAUAAUCUGCGCCUCGUGUGAAGUUGCAGAGCUAAUUUGGGCUUGAGAUGCUCAUUUCGUAGAUAGUGCGCAUCCACUGUGUAGCCCACAGGGACAAAAUCUGGCUGAAAAUAAGGUGUUUUUUUAGGUUGUCCACAACCGAACAAUUUCUUCAGCAACCUCUGUGCUUCCUAGCAAACCAGCCUUUGGAGGAUACAUAAGAAAAAAAUGCCAUAAGUUCAUUUAGUGUCGCAUUUGUGAUUAUGUGUGUUCUCCUAAUGUGAUACGUACAAAUACGCACUCAAGUACAUUGGAGAAUUAAUAAGAUAAAACAUGAACACAAGUUAAUGGAUAAAAUGAAGCAAAUCCUAAAAUUCUCUAAACGCCUCAUUUUAUUGCUACAAUGAAACCAAAGAUGCAAAAUUCAAGGCGUAUUGGUAAGAGCUGAGCAUGUUUCUAUUUGAUCAUGGUUUAAAUUGAAAUGCACAAAAAGCAGUUGGAGCUCGUCUUGGCUCGAAGCUUGGCUUUUCCUAACUUGUAAAAUUUUUAAAAAUUUGUUGUAGGACCCCAAGCAGUACUUGAAAAAAAUGCCCCCAGCUACCCGAAGGGAAUCGUGAGGAAAUGUGAAUGCAUUUCUUGCGCCGAGAGAGGGUACCGUUGCCUUCAGACAUUCGCCUUCACCGACUUAUGCCAUCGCCUUGAGAGGCGCCCAGGCAGCGAACGGUCGAGAGUGAGGCGCGAGCGGACGAGAAAGUGGGGCGCAGGGAGGAGAGAGAGUGAACGGCAAGAGAAGGAGCGGCGAAGCGCUGCACCUACCCUCUCCUACACUCUCUCGCACCACAUGCUCCGGUUGCUAGGGGCGAGGAUAAGCGCGCGCUCCCGCGGCUGUUGCUAUGGGAGAUGGCGCCGCGGACAACGCCGGACGCCUGACAUAGCCGAACUAAGAAAUGCAUUCGCAUUUAAAACAGUUUCGUUUCGAAUACGGCUUUGUUAUACAGGAGCUCGAAACAUGUAAACAUGCCUGGUGCUUAUGACAAUUCCAUUGUUGAUGCACGGACUGCAGAGUAUGCUAGAUGGUAUGCUGCUUAUAUUAACGGCCGAUAUCGAGCGAUUUGGUCAACAAGUUUAAUGCCACUGCUGUAAGUGGGCAUACUCUACCUCCCAGAUAUUCUAGCCAGAAGUAAACUCGUCCCAUCUGGCAGAGUAUAGGUGCUUGUUCGCUUUACGAAACAUUGUCGUAGAGAAUAACGUAGUCAUGUACGAACUAAACUGUAAACAAGAAAUUACAAUGUGCUAGAACAGCUUUUACAAGUGAUGACUUAAGAGCCAAAUCUCACACUACCUGUCAUGUGGUCGCCCAGAGACAGUUUACGAUUUCCGAUAAACAUACAAUCCGAAGACAUGCCAGCAUAUGCGCACUUGCAAAAAUAAACAAGUGAAAGAACGCAUUUCCAUUAACCUUAACUUGUUCGUAUUUCAAUUCUCCACGACUGUACGGUGUGCUCGGAGAUUCAAAACACGGUACUUGCACUCGCAUGGUGGCCAGCACUUCCUGCACUAAUGGUGGAUGCCAGGAACAUCGCACUGAUGCAUUGUGGUAUAUGGUGAAGGCGGGAACAUUUCUUACUCAAUCUGACUGCAUUUGGCCCCGUAGCGAUAGCCCAGAGUGCACAGAUGGCACAAAAGACACUGGCAGUACCAGCCGAUCAUCACGUUUGAAUCGCCGAGCACUGCACCGUUCGAUUUCCUCAUAACAAUACCUCAUUUAUCAGUAGCCAGUUGAGACAGCUGGUUUUGCGAUGCAGCAGUUGUAAUGAAAGGAUUUUCCAGCUUAUUGAGUACUGUAUAAGCUGACUGCACUGACAAAGUAAUAAUUUCUUUAUCCUGGAGUUUGAUGGGACAUGCUCCACUGUUGUGGUAGUUACUUUCUAUGUGGAAAGAAUAGUGCAUGCUCCAAUGUAGCAUCAGUUCUACUAAGUGAAGUUUUCAUUAAUACGAAUCUGCAACUAAUUGCUAAUUGUAAUAUCACUGUUACUGUAUACACAAGCAAGUGCCAGCCCCAGCUGCACGUCAAUGUACCUAAUGCCUUAUUUUGCACUGUAAAUAGACCUCUUCACACUCCUUUCUAGACUCUUCGAAGACUUUGUUGAAACAUUGAGAAGGAUAAAUGUCAAUACUAAUACAAUGUAGGUUUCUCAGGAGAAUGUUUAUCUAACUAUUUUUAGCUGAUCUUGCACAGGUGCAAGUGUAGAUUUAUUUGCACAAAUCUUCUACGUACAUCUUUUGCACAGGUAAAAGUGUAAUUUACUUGCACAAAUCUUCUACGCACACCUUGAAACAAGGAACACCGCAGAUAUAACGGACACGCUCACUCCUAACGUUGCCUUAUCACAAGUUCCGCAGUGUUUCCGCAUUUAGUUAGUACGGGGUCCCGCAACACCUUUUGAGAAAUGUGCAAAAUUUUGCAUUCCCCCAACGUCUGUUCGAACGAAAUUUUUUCGGAACGUAUAUUGUCUAGCGACAUUCUUGGCAAUCAUGCAAUACUUCCACUGCACUUUCGAGGUGCUUAUUUAUAUUUGGUCUUCCCUGCCUUGCUCGAAGCUUCGUAGCAACGUCCACAAUGCCAUGCCCGUCAUUGCAUGAAACUCGGGUGCAACGUAUAGUCUUCGAGGCUUCCUGUGCAACCACUUAAAUCUCUGAGGCCAUACUGUCGAUCAGCGAUACUGUUCUCUACAUGUAGGUGGCAUUUGCACCCUAAUAAACUUUCCUUACUGCCGUUUUCACUAGAGGGACUGCUUAAGUCGCGAUGACUGAAGAAAUCAAACAAGUAUCAAUUGUGCUUAUUGGUGUAUCACGAUUGGCACAAAACACUGGCAGCAAUUUCGAAAAGUUGAAGUGCACUGCGUGCUGUCGUUGCGGUGAUAACCAUAGCUGCAUAUAUUCCUAUGAUUAGAUAAGAUGUUAAAAAAAAAACGAGUCUAAUGAUCAGGCAGGUUCACUUAUCACAUUCAAAAAGCGUUACAGGGCCCCUUUCAAGCAUGCCUGUUCUAGCAUGAACUUGACUUUACACUGUCGCAGCAAAACCUAGUCCUGGCCAACUGUAUAUAAAGAAUUAGUAAUAUUUUUCUAGGUUACUGAAUCUAUAUAGUGUUAGCUUCAAUUUAGAGCCAGCAGCACCUGUUUUUGGAACGCAACUAAAGCAACAUUCUCAGAGUUUUCAUUAUGCUCUCCUACCUGUCCACGUUGUGCUUCAAGCUACAGAGCCUUUAUUUUGAUAAUGUACUGCCUACCGAUAUGUAGUAUAGGAACAGUGUGCUUUGUGUGAUUACUUCGAGCAAGACUUUUUUGGCAGAUAGCAGUAAAUUGAACCUCUGGAAUGCGUUUUUGUGGACAGGAAAGAAUGGAUCGCUAGAAGACUGCAUAAAUGAGAAGGGCAUCAAGCCGUCAAGCCAUCUUAGGCAAGGUUGCGCGUACAGACAGACAAGCACAGGAGAAACAAAGUAGAUGGAAAGAACGCAAGAGCCAUCUCGCUGUGCCAAUUUCCUGUGACAUCGGUAGCAGCUUCCCGAAACGAGCUAUUGUUAACCACUCUAAAAUGAAGACUGAAACACAAAGUUGCUGAGCAGUCCCGGUUGUCACAUUAACACAGCAACUUGGGCAUAAAAUUCAAGACAAAGAAAUCUGGCCACAGUUCAUUCCUUUCUGCAACACAAAUGCCGAUUGUGUGCUCUGAAAGUGGGGCCUACCAACUUAGGCUGGUUACACGUGUCCCUCGAGUAAGCUUUCUAAACAAACGUUAUUCCGUUUGGUUUAUGCCUAUGUCUGUAUCGGGAGAUCUUCAGAUUCACCAACGUUAUUGACAAUGUUGCACAUGCAACGCACGACACUUCUUCCGUGUAUUUUAUGGCGAAACUGACGUGCACCCUUUAGCACACAAAACUUGACAGUAUCUCAUUACAGCGGUUAUAUGUGCCAAAAUGAGUUUAUGCACUAAGCAAAACUGCAGAUGAAAUGUCAUUUGAUGGAGCAUCUGUUUCUAAGCGCUAAUACCAAUCUUGGGGCUGCACUUAUGCUUGCAAAGAUACUGUGUGUUUGCAAGUAUUUUUGGCAAGUUAAAAGUCAAUAGAGCCUCAGGAACGUUGAUGGAAAGCCAGUCAUUUUUAGUUAGCGUUUCAUGCACCAGAACAUCUAUUAUGCAAAUAAGAUGUGUGUAGGGCUUAAUCCAGCUUUUAUUUGCGCGAGCUAUAUUGAUCUCAAAGUUGCCAAUAUGCUUCUAAGGACACUGUCUUUAAAACUUUUUAGAUAAGUUGAUACCUGAAGGUAGUCAAUUGAAAGUUUACAGUUUACAGUCUUGUUAGUGUCAUUUUAUGCACCAAAAUUUGUCUACAACUAACAAAACCGACAGACAAUUAAGCCAAGGAAAACAUAGGGGACAUUAUUUGUGGUUUCUUCGCUGUAUUGUAAUAAUUCUCACUUAAAUUGAAAGAAAUUAAAGUCGACGAAAAAUCACCCUUUCAGUCGGUGGGAUCCGAACCCACAACCUUUGAAAUUCAUCCAUGUAUCAUAAACAACAGAACAAAAAUUAAUUUGUUUUUUUCACAUGCUGAAACCUCAAUAAGACUAUGAGGGUACGCUGUAGCAGGGGUCUCCGGAUUGAUUUGACCACCUGUGGUUAUUUGACGUGUACCUAAAUCUAAGUGCACGCGAGUUCUUGUACUUCACCCGCAUCGAAAUUCGACCGCUGUGGCCGGGAAUCGAACCCACAUCCUUGGGCUUAAGCAGAGCAACACCUCGGCCUACUAAGCCACCACAGUAGGCAUGAAAAACAAGUCAGAUUGUGUUGUUACACUCAAUAUAACGUUUCCUUUUUUACAAGUGGAUAUUGAUCUCAAGGUUGUAAGCAUGCUUACAAGAUGCUGUCUAGAACAUUUGUUACAAAUUGAUAUCUCAUAGAUGGUCAACUGAAUCUCUACGAUUUCUUUCAGUAGCUUGGAUU